ACGGCGAGGAGCUGGGCGCGGCCCGCCAUGGCGGAGCCGGAGAGCCUGGAGACGGCGGCCGAGCACGAGCGGAUCCUGCGCGAGGUCGACAGCACCGACACGGCCUGCCUCGGGCCCACCCUCAGGUCUGUCUAUGAUGGGGCAGAACAUGGGCGCUUCAUGGAGAAGCUGGACGCUCGCAUCCGGAACCACGACCGGGAGAUCGAGAAGAUGUGCAACUUCCAUUACCAGGGCUUUGUGGACUCGAUCACGGAGUUCCUGAAGGUCCGGGCAGAGGCCCAGAAGCUCAAGAAUCAAGUCACGGAUACGAAUCGGAAACUGCAGCUGGAAAGCAAGCAACUGGUGGGCGCCAUGGAGGAGCUGAGGCAAUGCCGGCUGCAGCAGUGGAACAUCUCUGCCACGGUGGAUAAACUCAGCCAGUGCCUUCCCGUUCUGGAGAUGGAGAGCAAGUUAAGGGAGCAGAUGAAGUCCAAAAGGCAUUAUCCCGCCCUGAAGACCUUGGAGCACCUGGAGCGGAUGUGCCUGCCCCAAGUCAGCCAUUACCACUUCUGCAAGAUCAUGGUGGAGAACAUCCCAAAAUUGCGUGAGGAAAUCAAGGACGUCUCCAUGUCUGACCUGAAAGACUUCCUGGAGAGCAUCCGCAAACACUCGGACAAGAUUGGGGAGACGGCCAUGAAGCAGGCCCAGCAGCAGAGGAGCCUGGAUGGCCUGGAGGGGCAGCCCUUGAGGGCCGGGGGCCGAAGGGGCAGGAGAGUGGCCGGCGCGAAUUCAGGGCUGGAGCUCAAGAAAGCCAGUCCGAUCUCUGAGCGGGAUUCUGGGAUCCUGGAUGUGAAAGAGGAGGAGGAGGAGGAGGAAGAAGAGGUGCCCGGUGCUCAGGAUUUGGUGGAUUUCUCCCCCGUCUACCGCUGCUUCCACAUCUACUCCGUGUUGGGAGCCCGAGAGGCCUUUGAGAGCUACUACCGGAAGCAGAGGAGAAAGCAGGCCCGGCUGGUUCUGCAGCCCCCCUCCAACAUGCACGAAACCCUCUCCGGCUACCGGAAGUAUUUUAAUCAGAUUGUAGGCUUUUUCGUCAUCGAGGAUCACGUUCUGCACACAAGCCAGGGCUUGGUGGACAGAGCCUACAUCGAUGAGCUCUGGGAUAUGGCCCUCUCCAAGACCAUCGCGGCCCUGCGGACGCAUUCGUCCUAUUGCUCAGACCCAGACCUGGUGUUGGACCUGAAAAAUCUCAUGGUGCUUUUUGCUGACACUCUCCAGGCCUACGGCUUCCCUGUCAGCCAGCUCUUUGACCUGCUUUUGGAAAUCCAGGACCAGUACAGGGAGACGCUGCUGAAGAAAUGGGCAGGAGCCUUCAGAAACAUCCUGGAGUUGGAUAAUUACAGCCCCAUCUCGGUGGCAGACGAAGAGCAGUACGAGAAACUGGUGGGGCAGUUUCCAUUCCACGAUGCGGAGCUGGAGAAGCAGCCGUUCCCCAGGAAGUUCCCCUUUUCUGAACUGGUGCCUCGGAUCUACAACCAGAUCAAGGAAUUUAUCUACGCUUGCCUGAAGUUCUCUGAAGACCUUCACCUGAGCUCCACGGAGGUGGAUGACAUGAUUCGGAAAUCGACCAAUUUGUUGUUGACCCGGACUCUGAGCAGCUGCUUGCAGAGCGUCAUUCGCAGGAAGAACGUCGGGCUGGCCGAGCUGGUCCAGAUAAUUAUCAACACUACACAUUUGGAAAGAUCCUGUCGAUUCCUGGAAGAAUUCAUCACCAACAUCACCAACGUUCUUCCAGAAACCGUCCACACGACGAAGCUUUAUGGAACGGCCACUUUCAAGGACGGCCGCCAUGCUGCAGAGGAGGAGAUCUACACUAACCUGAACCAAAAGAUUGACCAGUUCUUGCAACUUGCAGAUUAUGACUGGAUGGCCGCGGAAGCCCCUCCCAAGGCCAGUGACUACCUGGUGGACCUCAUUGCUUUCUUGCGCAGCACCUUUGCUGUCUUCACACACCUGCCCGGCAAGGUGGCACAGACCGCCUGCAUGUCUGCCUGCAAACACCUGUCCACCUCGCUGAUGCAGCAGCUCCUGGAAGCCGAAGUCCGACAGCUGUCCCUGGGUGCCUUGCAGCUCUUCAGCCUGGACGUGGCAGAGUGCGAACAGUUUGCCAGAUCCGGGCCGGUGCCUGGGUUCCAAGGGGACACGCUGCUUCUGGCCUUCAUCGACUUGAGACAACUGCUGGAUCUCUUCCUCCAGUGGGACUGGUCGACGUACCUGGCCGACUACGGGCAACCCACCUGCAAGUACCUUCGGGUGAAUCCGACGACCGCGCUGGCCUUGCUGGAAAAGCCUUUCAUCCUCUUAGUUGCUCUUCUCUGAACUUUUUCCAAAAGUCUCAACGUACUUUUUUGUAAUGUGGGAACCAAAACUGGAUGCAGCAUUCCAGGUGUGGCCUGACUAAGGCUUUAUAAAGCGGUACUAAGACUUCAUGUGAUUUUGAUUCUGUGCCUCUGUUUAUACAACCGAGGAUUGUAUUCGCUUUUUUGGCUGCUGCAGCACAUGGCCGGCUCAUGUUUGAGGGAUCGUCCACUGGGACUCCAAGGUCCCUCUCACGGCGACUGUUUUGCCACUCAGUGUCACCACCUGCGAGUGGAUUGCCGGCCUUUUCUUUG